GCGCGGCCGGGGGGGAGGGCGCAACAGCUGCUGCGAGCACUUUCUGCCCCAACAGUCCCCCCGCCGGACGCCGGCCGCCCGCCCGCCCGCGCAGGGACCCCGCGCCUGCACUGUCCCCGCGCGGACGAGUAGGGGGCGCCCGCGCCGCUCCCUCGCCCCGCGCCGGAGAGUUUGGAAGUCCCUUGUCUUCACAUUGCUGGCCGGGAUCAACACCUUGCUCAGCUGAGCCAUUCAGCCAAUGGAGACAGACAGGACUAGUGCCCUGGUGCCGACUCACGACUGAAUCACAGCACAGGGCGGCCGGGGUCUCCGUCACUGAGCUUCCCCAGACUCCGGAAUACUCUCCCCUGUGAACUUUAGUUACAAGCCCAGGGCUCCUGGAGGUUUGUGUGACGUCUCAUAAGUGGCCUUAUUGUAACUCCAGAGAUUCCUCAGUAGACUGCUGGAUUAUCCCUUCCUACCUGAUCCUGAAGGCACAGGCAACAUGCCAACUCAAUCCCUCCUCGUGUACAUGGAUGGGCCGGAAGUCAUUGGUAGCUCUCUGGGUACCCAGAUGGAGGUGGAUGAUGCUGUGUCCAUCAAAGGGCCAGCUGCAGUCCCCUUCCGAGCUGCUCCGGAGAGGAGCAUGACCCCAGCUGAAGGGCACAUGCCCCUGGACUGCAUGUUCUGCAGCCAGGCCUUCUCCCAUGCUGAAGACCUCAAUCAACAUGUGCUCAUGCAGCACCGGCCCACCCUGUGUGAGCCGGCUGUCCUGCGGGUGGAGGCCGAGUAUCUAAGUCCUCUCGAUAAAGGUCAGGUGCCAACAGAGCCACCCAAGGAGAAGAACUGCAAAGAGAACGAAGAGUUGAGCUGCGAUGUGUGUGGGCAGACGUUCCCAGGGGCUUUCGACGUCGAGAGCCACAUGAAGAAACACAAGGACUCCUUCACGUACGGGUGCAGCAUGUGCGGGAGAAGGUUCAAGGAGCCGUGGUUCCUCAAGAACCACAUGCGGACACACAAUGGCAAGUCUGGCACCAGGAGCAAGCUGCAGCAGGGCCUGGAGAGUCCUGUCACCAUCAAUGAAGUAGUUCAGGCACAUGUAGCUGGGAGCAUCUCCACUCCCUACAAGAUCUGCAUGGUAUGCGGCUUCCUCUUCCCAAAUAAGCAGAGCCUCAUGGAGCACAGUAAGGUUCAUGCCAAAGAAACUGCCUCCAGUGCCACUAACACAGCCCCUGAAGCCCAGCAAGAGGGACCCACACCCCCGAGGGAAGAGCUACUGCAGUUUUUGAACUUGAGACCCAGAUCCCACCCAGAGACUACAGUGAAGCCCGCCACCUGUAUACCUCAGCUUGACCCGUUCACCACCUACCAGGCAUGGCAGCUGGCCACCAAAGGGAAAGUGGCCAUUGCCCAAGAAGAGGUGAAAGAGUCAGGCCAGGAAGGGAGCACGGACAAUGAUGAUUCGUGUUCAGAGAAAGAGGAACUUGGAGAGAUUUGGAUUGGGAGUAAGUCGGAAGGUUCUGGAAAGCCUAAAACAAAUAGAAGCAGUUGUCCAGGUCUCUCCCAAGACAAAGAGAAGCCUAGACAUGUCAGCAGUGAAGUGCCUUCUGGGGAUGGCGAUCCCAAGUUGCCCAGCAGCAAGGAGAAGCCCACACACUGCUCCGAGUGCAGUAAAGCCUUCAGGACCUACCACCAGCUUGUUCUGCACUCCAGGGUGCACAAGAAGGACCGGAGGGCCGAUGCCCCAUCACCCACCAUGUCUGUGGACGGAAGGCAGCCUGGUACUUGCUCCCCAGACCUUGCUACCACUCUGGAAGACCAUGGGACUGUGGACCGAGAAGGAGGCUCUGAAGAUGGGUCUGAGGAUGGGCUCCCUGAAGGGCUCCAUUUGGAUAAAAAUGAUGAUGGAGGAAAAGCAAAGCCCCUCACGUCCUCGAGAGAGUGUAGUUACUGUGGCAAGUUUUUCCGUUCAAACUAUUACCUCAAUAUUCAUCUCAGAACGCAUACAGGUGAAAAACCGUACAAAUGUGAAUUUUGUGAGUAUGCCGCAGCCCAGAAGACAUCUCUGAGGUAUCACUUGGAGAGACAUCACAAGGACAAACAUCUGGUGGAUGCUGCGGCUGCAGCUGAGGCUAAAAAUGAAGGCCGGAGCCAGGAGCCACAGGAAGCACUACUAACCGCUGACAGUGUGCAGACCAAAAAUUUAAAGCGCUUUCUUGAUGGUGCCAAAGAAGUUAAGGGCAGCCCACCUGCCAAGCAGCUUAAGGAGACGCCUUCUGUCUUCCAGAGUGUUCUGGGCAGCACCGCUCUCUCACCAGCACACAAAGAUACUCAGGAUUUCCAUAAACAUGCAGCCGAUGAUGGUGGGAAAGUUCGAAACAGUCCUGCCUCUGCUUAUCUGGACAUGCCGAAGAAGAGAGCAUUGGGCGAGCCUCAGGCCAGCAGCCCCGUUUGCAAACUAGAGGGGGUUGGGUCCCUGGCACGGGAAGCUGGUCAUAGGGAGAAGAUGGAGUGGGAAGCCGACUGCAAAUACAAGACUGGUGCCGAAGGCCAGGACAGUCCUUUGAAUCUAUCCCUUGGGCCACUCCAUGCCUCUCCUGCCAUCACCCUGAGCAAGUGUCUCAUUCCCAGCAUCUCCUGCCCCUUUUGUACCUUUAAGACCUUUUAUCCAGAAGUUCUGUUGAUGCACCAGAGACUGGAGCACAGGUACAACCCUGAUACCCAUAAGAACUGUAGCAGCAAGUCUGUGGUGAGAAGCCGGCGGACAGGCUGUCCUCCUGCCUUGCUGGGCAAAGAUGUUCCUCCCUUGUCCGGCCUGCACAAGCCCAAGGUCAAGCCUGCCUUCUCAUCACAGGCCAAGUCCCUGCACCCGGAGAAGGUCCGCCAGGGCUCCUUGGGGCCUAGCAAAGCUUCCCAGACAUCAGGGCCAGACAACAGCACUUUAGCCCCAAGUAACCUGAAGUCACACAGGUCACAGUCUAGUGCCGGGGGUCCUGGGGCCACCAGGCAGCAGCAGUCAGAGCUGUUUCCCAAAGGUGGUGGCGUCUCUGCUGCUGCGGAGAAGGUAAAGAGACCUGAGCCGAAGCUCAAGGCCCUGCCGGCUGCUCCGUCUCAGCCCCCCCUUGGCAGUAGUAAUGGCAAUGGUUCCAUUGAGUACCCCAUGAAGGUUGAUGGUCCUUGGGUGUCACAAGGGAGAGACUACUACUGUCAUCGGAAUGCUGGCAGUGCCACUGCAGAGUUCAGUGAGCCACAUCCCAAAAGACUCAAAUCUAGCGUGGUGGCCCUUGACACAGAACAUCCUGGGCCCAAUGGCAGAAGGGGCUUUGAGAUCCCCAAGUACCACGUGGCCAGAAGUAUCACCUCGCUAUUACCAUCAGAGUGUGUGUGCCCAUCACCUGUGCUGCUCCCCAAAGCCCGUUUCCUGAGCCCUGGGGAGGUGGAGUCGCCCAGUGUGUUGACAGUGCAGAAGCCCUACAACACGUCUGGACCUCUGUACGCCUGUGGAUCUGCGGGACAUGCAGGAGCCAGCCCAGCCCUUGAAGGAAAGAGGCCUGUGUCGUAUCAGCACCUAUCCAACAGCAUGCUGCAGAAGAGAAGCUUUGAGAAUUGUAUUGGAAAUACACAUUAUCGACCAAAUGACAAAAAAACUUGAUUUUUGAUAUUUUGGGGAAAAGGUCUCGACGGAUGCAAGUACACACUUCCCCAGAAUCACACUUUGGCUCAUCUUGUGCAAGCGCAUGACGAGCGCUGCUGAGGAAGCCGUGACUGUAUUGUACAUAGACUCCAAGCGCAGAGAAGGAACACUACAUUCUCUAAAGUUCUGUUAACUUUUGUACCAAAUAGCAAUAAAAACUAGUGGGAGCAGUUGGGCUGUACACAAACGGG